AUGGAACGCACUGUGGGUGGUGUGGCCACUGCCGGAUUUUGGCUGGACGACUGGUCAUCCGUCGCUCUGCAACCGACGCGGCGACGCCAGCUCGAUGGACAGGACUGCGUGGCGACUAAGCCUGCAAUGGCUAAGAGGCCGUUUGCUCCCGGUGCGGCGGAUCAGGUCGACGACGGUGGUCUGAGGCGGCCCGUUGGACGGGCCGAAGCUAGCAGAGGAAAAUCAAUGGAUUCUAUUCGUUGGAGAGUAUCCAGCGCUCCACCCGCAUCCGCUGUCAAGCACGCCAAGGAUCCAUCCAAUAGCCCAGGAUCCCCUAGGGGCAAUCGUGCAUGGACGUCGGCAGUCGAGGGCGUGGCCGUUCCGAUGGAAGUUAAUCUGGGAUAG